AUGAAAUUUAAUAUAUCUUUUAUCACGGCUACAUUACUCCUGACGCAGUGUUUGGGUUGUCUAACCCGAACAGUGCUUUCUCUGGAUGAGGUCGUUACUUCGCAUACAUUGGUGCUCACUUUGGCCGAUCAAUUCGGUACUUGGCCGACUUCGGAAGAUGUGCUCGAAUCCCUUGAAUACAAUAUCACCGAUGUCGUGUGUAGCUCACUCAAAGUUGAUACGGUUUCCUGCCGUGCUUUUCUUACCACAUUGGAAAAGAACGCCUUGAGGCUCUACAUCACUGCUGAAACGAGAACCUUGGAGAGUGGGAGCAGAAUCCAUACGAGACUUAAUUCCUGGGCUGAAAAGACUGCGAGUCCGUCUCUUGAUGAACUUGCUAGAGUGUGUUCAAUUGUUCUUGGAAAGAAGCUGAGAGUUCUUUCGCACAUUACCGGGGAGUAUGAAAGAGUACCGUGCCACGGUAAACGGACAUUUUCCCUUUUACCUGUGUGUGCCCCGGACUCGGUGAAGUUUACAAAGAUCUAUACAAAAGACGGCGGUAAAUAUAUUGAAAACAAUAUUAUUACUAGGAAGAGAUGUAAAAAUGAAUUCGAAGCUACUGUUUUCAUUCAAAUUCCAUCGACGGAAAAAAUCAUCACAGAUUCUCAUCGCAAUAUAGAGACCGCAUUCGACACUGUACACAAAACCCGUAAACGUUCCAAUAUGAUGGCUUUGAAAAGUACCUGGGAUGCACGCGGCAAACCAAAUGUAGAGAUGUUGACGAAUGUAGCCCCUCGCCCGACGAGCUACGUCUCGGGGGUUAGAAUCCUCGAGGAUAUCGUCUUUCCGGAUGAUAACGAGGAAUUCCCAGAGCCACUUCAUUGCCCUUCGUCGACCGGUCUUUGGGGACUUUCCCUCAUCGCGGUGGUCCCCCUUCUUAUUAUUCUUUUCCGCUACUCAUGGUACUUGGGGCGCAAGCACUCCAAAAAGAGGGAGCGUCAUUUGAUUGUAGAGGACGAAAAAAGGCUUUUAAAUAUCAACAUGCCGCCACAAGCGGACGGAUUAGCUGGUGGGGAUGCCGGCGCGGCGGAGGCGGAUCCACCGCAAGGGAGGGACUCGCGCGACCCCAACGAGGGGGUGGUUUGGACCAUCGACGAAAACGGCAACUACCACCCGAUGAGCAUCCUCCCGGAGCGGGCUCAUAGUGAGAAGAGCCAUCAUACCGAUCCAAUGGCGGCAGCCUACGCGACGGGAGACGCCCAGUUUGCGCGUAUUUUGUCGGAAUCCGCCCUCUCGGUGGGCGCUCUGCAGGCGGCGAGGGCGGGAGGCGAGCACACGGAAGGGGCUGACCUCUCGGCGGCCCUCCAACCCGAGAGCGACACCGCGCAGCACGACCCCAACACGGCUGAUGCGCUCACUAGCUACGUCUAUGUGGACCCCCAAACGGGAGAGUCCUAUCAGGCCUAUGUGGAUCCCAACACAGGGGAGGUCUACACUCAAUACGUCGAGAAGGAUGGAGAGACUGGCCAACCGUGA